AUGGAAGGCACUUAUGGGAAUUUAGAUUCUAAUGAACUUGCUUACGAAGCUCCUACAUGUAAGGACAGAGUUUUAAGCAGCUCCAAGAAGAGACUUUACCUAGAAGUUAUUAUAUUUUUGGGAAUCCUGAAUGUUUUACUCCUGGCUGGACUCAUCGCCCUCGGCGUUCACUCUCGUUAUCUGGCAGCAGGGCUUUCCAAUAUCAAGCCCAACCUGACCCAGGACACCAAUGACAAGCCGUCUCCCACUUUCACAGCAAACCUGAACGAAAUGGUUAAAAAUCUACAACUAUCUGGAGAUUGGACCUGCAGCGCUGCUCCGCAGCAGUUUCCUGCAGCCCAGAUCGAUGCUGGCCAGGGGAUGGUUGUGAUGACAGACAUCAAGUCCAACGUCUUCUUGUUGAGUGGUUCAGGUUGGUCCAAACUGGGCUCUGUGCCUCUUAAGCAUGUCUCAGUGGGACCUGCAGGGAUCUGGGGAGUCAACCAGCAGAAUAAAGUCUAUAAAUUUGUAGCCAGUGAUUUCGUUCCUAUUCGUGGUCUGGAGUUAAAGCAGGUAGACGCAGGAGGACAAGGUCAAGUAGUAGGAGUUGCUAGCAAUGACAACAUCCACUGCCUGAAUGCCAACAGAGCCUCAUCCACGAAGGAGCUCAUGAACUGGAGCACCAUAAGUGAUUUGUUGAUGUAUUUCAGCUGUGCUCCAACUGGAUGCUGGGGUGUGAACUCGGAAGAAUGGAUCUACUUCACGCAAAUCUCAAACUCCUGCCACCAGCCUGGAAGCUGGGACCACAUAGACGGAGAGGCAGUCAAUGUUGAAGUUGGGAGUGACGGAAAUGUCUUUGUUGUAAAUCGCUAUGGACUGCUCUACGAAAGAACUGGCAUCUCUGGCCAAGUUCCCAAGGGCACAGGUUGGAGGAUAAUUGAAAUGUCUGUGAAGAUCAGACAGGCCAGCUACGACCUGGGGUAUCUGUGGGUUGUGACAGAGACAGGUUUCAUUGUGAAAUGCACCAAGUAACCAGGUGGAGGUUCUCACUUGAAACUUUUCUCUUUUCAUGACUUCUUUGCUUCAACCCUAUUUGUGCUUUAUCAUCAGCCAUAGAACAGCCUGGGUCUCCUGUUUAACCAUAGCAGGAGGUUUGUAAUGCGGCAUUAUAACGCCUCAAUAUGUAAGAAUAUAGUACAUUCUGGCUUCAAUAUGUAAUGAAACAUUUUUGCAACCACAUUAUGGUUGCAAUGUAGUAAAAUCUUUGCACACAUAUUGUAAUAGUUUCUAUUGCAUCAUGCAUGAUUCCAAAAUGUGGAGGUCGCGGGUUUUUUUGUUGUUUUUUUUUUUAAAUGAUAAUGUAAUAAUGUGGGACGUUAUGCAACAAAGUUCCACCAACCUUGUAUUCAUCCUGAUCAACAUUCUUCUAAUAAUAAUCGAAUUGCAUUGCCUUUGUAUUUCAAUUUUUGAAACAUUGAAACAUUUACAGCGUCAUAAAACAGCA